AUGGUAUCUGUCACUGGUGCAUUGGCCCUGGUCUCAGCUGCACUCUACCUCGACGGCCGGACACGCUUCUCCCGCGACCUCAACUUUGGCAUCCCCGGCCUCAGAACCAAACUCUGGUUCCAGAGACUGGUGAACAACAAUGAUAUCAGCAUGUACAACCGGUUCGAAGACCAAUGUCUCCUUCGCCCCCAUUCAAUAGCCCUCAUCUUCGAGGACCACUCCUACACCUGGCGCGACCUCGAACUGGCCUCCAACCGGAUGGCGCACUGGUACAAAUCCCGUGGUAUCGGCUCCAAAGACCGCGUCGCCAUGUUCAUGUCCAACUCGCCCCUCUUUGUCAUCUCCUGGCUAGCCCUUCUCAAGAUCAAAGCCGUCGCAGCCUUUAUCAACAACCAAAUCGUCGGACCCGUGUUGUUGCAUUCUUUAAAGACUGCCAACUCGGAUGUGUUGGUAUUUGAUUAUGAGCUUCGCGGGGCCUUGGAAGAGUCGAUUCUGGGGAUCCGGGAGUUGGGGUACAAGACUAUUGUGACCGUGACGCGCAAGGACCAGGUCUUGACGAGGUUUGAUGAGUAUUUGAAGGGACCUGAGGAGAGGUUCUUUGAUUUCAUGGAGUGGCAGGAGUGUUCGGCUGAGGGGUUCUCGAGAGCCUCGAGGGAGGAUGUGGUCAUUGGCGAUGCGGUCGCGCUCAUCUAUACCAGUGGUACCACUGGAUUCCCCAAAGCCGCCGUCAUGGACCAUGGACGCUGUACCCCUAUCAUUGGCAUUGGUCAGAGCUGGAUCUCGGGAAGUUCAGUCGUCUUGGCUCGCAAGUUCUCCACCACCGGAUUCUGGAAAGAUGUGCGGGAGCAUGAUGUGACAUUGAUCCAGUACAUUGGAGAACUCUGUCGCUACCUCGUCAACACUCCCGAGGAUCCAGAGCUCGACAAGGCUCACAAGGUCCGUCUGAUGUUUGGCAACGGAUUGCGACCUGAUAUCUGGCGCAAGUUCCAGGAACGAUUUGGGGUCGCCACCGUCUUUGAGUCCUAUACCAUGAGUGAAGCAACGAGCGCGUUGUUUAAUCUCACGAGCGGCGAGGAUGGUGCAGGAGCUGUCGGAUUCCGUGGUCCUCUCGUCCGUGCUUUCCAAGGUGGACUUUGUAUUGUCAAGGUGGAUCUCGACACCGAAGAGCUCAUCAAGGACAAGGACGGAUACUGCAUCGAGGCAAGCGAGUUGAUCACAUUAGCAGACAGCAAAAAGAUGGAAAACCGCUUCGUCGGCUACUACAACCAACCGAAACUCUCCCAGGCAAAACUAAUCCAGAACGUAUUCGUCCAAGGCGACCAGUAUAUGCGCACUGGCGAUCUCCUCUACAGGACCAAAGACAAUUUUUGGUAUUUCGCAGAUCGUGCGGGGGACACGUUUAGGUGGAAGGGCGAGAAUGUGUCGACGGCCGAGGUGGCGGAUACGUUGGGUCAUGUGGAGGGGGUUGCGUCCUGUACGGUCUAUGGGGUUACGGUUCCGGGACAGGAUGGAAAGGCGGGGAUGGUUGCUGUUGUUUUGAAGGAUUCUUAUUGGCAGGAGGAUAAGAACGCCCCUGUUUCUGCUGUUGCUGCUCCUGUCGAACAUGUGUCGGAAGCUGGAGAAAGAGACGCGUCUGUACCUGUACCUGCACCUGUUACAGUUCCACACAAACUGAACGAAAAGGCAUUGGAAGAUUUCAUGGACCGGCUUGGCAAACACGCUAGAAAACGUCUCCCCUCCUACGCGAUCCCUCGGUUCGUCCGGAUCUGCGAGUCUGAACUCGAGAUCACAGGGACGUUCAAGAACAAGAAGGUCGAACUCAAGAAGGAAGGGUUUGAUCUCGAGAAGGUUCAUGAGCGACUUUAUUGGUGGACUCAAAAGGGGCGGUAUGUGCUUUUUGGACGCAAGCAGUUGGAUGAACUUCAUGCUGGUCGUGCUCGUCUCUGA